AAAGCGCUUGAUAAAAACAGUAAAAUUACGCUUGACAAUUUAACGUUAGUCUUACGUGAAGAAGUGCUCAGUAACAUUUAUAGCAAAAAGAAAGACAAUAAAGAUCACAAAGAUGAUGAGCCACCCGAAGACCAAAUGAUAUUUGGCAAUACAAGUUUUAAAUCAUACGAUGAAUUAUUUGAAUAA